AGCCAGGCGCCCCUGAAGAAAUGCUGUCUAUAUUCUGGAUACUAAUUCUUUGUUAAUUAAAUAUGAUGCAUUUGUCUUCUCCAUCUGUAUUUAAUCAUUUUCAUUUUUAUUUAUUUUUAAUCUUUUUCAUUUUUAAAAAUGUGUGCUUUUUAUGUCUAUAAAAUCCUUUUAUAAUCGGAGGUUAUAGAUUUUCAUUUAGAAUGAUAAAACCAGGACUUUAGUCCAUGUGGAAUUGAUUUGUAAAUCAUAGGAGGAUAGGAUCUCAGUCUCUCCCUGUGUGUAUUGGAUAACCAGCUGACCCAGCACUAUUUCUGGACACGAAUGUCCUUUCUCUGUUGAUUUGCAGGACCACCUCGGUCAUCUGGGUGUGGAUUGAUUUCUGAGUUCUCACCUGCGUAUUGGUUGCUUUAUUAUAUAUCCUCUGUACCUAUUACAUUUGUAUAAAACCCUGAUAUCUGGGAAGGCAAGGUUGUUCUUGGAACUUAUACUGGCUAUUUUUAGACGUUCUCCUCCUUAACAUACGUUUAAAAUCAGCUUGCCACAGUCCAUGGCAAUUUAAAAAAAUUUUUUUAUUAGACAUAUAUGAAUUUAUAAAUUCAUUUGUGGGUCUUUGAUGGCCAGUUGUUUUUAAGAUUAUCUAGAGCGGAGUUUCUCAAUCUUGGCACUGUUGGUGUUUAUGGUUGGGUAAUUCCUCAUUGUGGGGAAUGUACAUUGGGAGAGGUUAGGCAGCAUCCCUGGCCUCUGUUCUCUGGAGCCAGUAGCACCACCCUGAUUAAAAACGUCUCAAGAUAUUGUCAAAUGUCCCCUGAGGGACAAAGUUGCCACUGAUUCAUUGAUUUGGCCUAUUAUAUUACAGAAAAUUUCCUCAUUUUGGGGGAAUUAUUUUCAUACUUAUUUGAAUUCUUUCAGAUAUAGGUUCCUCAGAUGUGAAUUUUAUUUGUGUUGUCUACUGUCAUGGUGAUUUUUAUUUUUGUACAUGGUAAUUUUAAAUCAUGAACUUGCCUCCAGCAGAAUGGAUGUCUCACAUGCCCUGGGUGGUGAAGGUAGCUUUCUGGGGUGGUUUUGAAUUUGCCUCGGAAGAUCUAAUAGACUUCCUUAGUCUGAGAGCAAUUUUUAUGUUAAUUUCUUGCUUUGGGCUUAAAAGAAACCCCAACAAAGUAGUGAUUAUUUGAACUCUAGCCUUACUUCUUCCUUCUAUGCUCCCCUUUCUCAAGUGCCUGUCACCUUUAGCUACACUAAACUGCCUUAACAUCACCCUAACAUACACACUGGCAUUUUGCUGCAUGUUGGCUUGACUCAGCAUGGGAUCUGUAGUUUUCCUUUUGAUAUUUUUUCUGAAUAUGCCAGAUGCUACCACUGAGUAAUUUGGAUUUUGCUGCCAAACUAUACCUCCAUUAGUACAGAGGAAAGACAGCAUGCCAGUCUGCUUGCCGAGCGUGCGUGACUGGUAGAAAACAGUCCUGGUGUCAUGGUUGGAGGGAACAAACUGAGCAGAACUCCUCCAUUGGAAAGGGGAUUUUGAAAGAAAUGAAGAAAACUAUCAGAAAUGAAGUCAGCAGCCUCAUGGUCUUUUGUUGACCGGAGUGGAGUUUUAUUAUUGCAUUUCCUUGGAAUGACACUGCACAGGAUGUCUGCUGAAGUCAUCUACAAGGUUGAAGAGGCCCUUGAUGAAGACGAGAAGGAAAUGAUUCUUUUUUUGUGCCGGGACAUUGCUGCAGAUAUUGUUCCCCUUAACGUCAGACAGCUUCUGGAUAUUUUAAAUGAGAGAGGAAAGCUGUCUGGCAUGGGCUUGGCUGAGCUACUCUACAGAGUGAGGCGGUUUGACUUGCUCAAGCGGAUCUUGAAGAUGGACAGAAGGACAGUGGAGGCGCACCUGCUCAGGCACCCUCAGCUUUUUUCAGGCUAUAGGGUGCUAAUGACAGAGAUUGGUGAGGAUUUGGAAAAAUCUGAUGUGUCCUCAUUACUUUUCCUCAUGAGGGAUUAUAUAGGCCAAAGCAGGGUACCCAGGGAUAAGAGUUUCCUGGAUCUUGUGAUUGAAUUGGAGAAACUAAAUCUGAUUGCUCCAGAUCAAUUGGAUUUAUUAGAAAAAUGCUUAAAGAACAUCCACAGAAUAGACCUGAAGAGAAAAGUCCAGAAAUACAAGCAGUCUGCUCAAGGAGCUGAAACAAGUUAUAUAAGUGCCCUCCAGGCGUCUCUCCCAAAUUUGAGUCUUAAGGACCCUUCAUGUAACUUAAGGCUCCAGAAUGGGGAAAGUAAUGAACAAAGACUCAGUGUGGGACAGCCUGACACUCAGACAGAAUCAGUGAAGAUAUCCGUUCAGGAAUCAGGAACAUCUCUACCUCAGUACAUAAAAGAGAGAUACAGGAUGCAGAGCAAGCCCCUGGGAAUCUGCCUGAUAAUAGAUUGCAUUGGCAAUGACACAGAGUUUCUUCGGGACACUUUUACUUCCUUGGGCUAUAAAGUCCAGUCUUUUUUGUACCUGAAUGUGGACAGUAUGAUCCAGAUUGCUCGCCGAGUUGCCUGCAUGCCCCAACACCAAGACUACGACAGCUUUGUGUGUGUCCUGGUGAGCCGAGGUGGCUCCCACAGCAUAUUUGGUGUGCAUCAGAGACAGCCAGGGUGCCCUUUGGAUCAGAUCUGGAGGAUGUUCACGGGAGAUGUGUGCCCCUCUCUCUUAGGGAAGCCAAAGCUCUUUUUUAUUCAGAACUAUGUGGAGUCAGAGGGCCAGCUGGACAGCAGCAGCUUACUGGAGGUGGAUGGGCCAGCAGUGAACAAUGUGGAGUCCAAGGCCAGGCAGCCUGAGCCCUGCACCAUCCACCAAGAAGCUGACUUCCUCUGGAGCAUGUGCAUGGCGAACGUGUCCCUGUUGGAACGGUCCUCCAGCUCACGGUCGUUGUAUCUGCGGUAUCUUUCCCAGAAACUGGGGCAAGGAAGAAGACGCCCACUCCUGGAACUCCUCGUUGAACUCAACGACAUCGUGUAUGAUUGGAACAGCAGAGUGUCUGCUGAGGAGAGGUACCACGUCUGGCAGCAGCACACUCUGAGGAAGACACUCAUCCUCUCUUGCACGUGAAAAGCCAAAAGACUUUCUUAGCUCGGCAAUCUUCAUCACUAACCCCAAGUAGUUCUCAAGCAAGUGUGUGCGUCACGUGGGUUAGAUGGGGUCCUGUUAUGGGCUGAAAUGAACCUCUGUGAGGAAUGUUGUCAGGUAGGUGUGUUUGAGCUAAAGCUUCUGGGUUGAAGGCUUUGGCCUCUGCUGCUGAAAGCUUGCAAAACAGUGUUAAGAAGGAAAUGACUUUGAAACUUUAUUAUUAUUUUUCUAAUGUUUAUUUAUAUUUGAGAGAGGGAGAGAGAGAGAGAGACAGUGUAUGAGCGGG